AUGGUGUCUGUUAUUCCUAAAAUUGAGCAGCUGACUGCUAGAAUUACCAGGGUGCUGGGAUGUAAUCCUGGACCAAUGACUCUUCAAGGGACUAAUACUUACUUAGUGGGAACUGGACCAAAGCGUUUCCUCAUUGAUACUGGGAGUCCUGAUGUUCCAGAGUAUGUGCAGAGUUUACAAUCAACCUUGAAUGAGAAUAACAUAUCAAUCCAGGCGAUAAUUCUUACCCAUUGGCACCAUGAUCAUGUGGGCGGAAUAAAAGGAAUUUUUAACAAACUUUUACAAAGUGGAACUGUACCCUUGCUAAAAUACCCACUUGGGGAUUCUGAAGAUACAUCUGUCAGUGAGAAAUAUACCUAUCUAAAAGACCAGGAAGUUUUGAAAACAGAAGGCGCAAGUUUGCGAGUGGUUCACACACCCGGUCAUACAGUGGAUCAUAUUAUUCUGCAGCUUCAAGAAGACAAUUCUAUUUUUUCUGGUGAUUGUAUUCUUGGCGAAGGAACUGCUGUAUUUGAAGAUCUAUCAGAUUACAUGAAGUCAUUGCAAAUAAUUGCUGAUUUAAAGCCCAAUGUGAUAUACCCUGGACAUGGACCCGUAAUACAGAAUCCUGUACCGCAAAUUCAAUAUUAUAUAAAUCACCGCAAUGAAAGGGAAAAGCAGAUUUUGGAGUGUUUAGAGUCUAGCAAAUCACCAAUGGAAAGUAUGGAAGUGGUGAAGAUCUUGUACAAAGAUGUAGCAGAACAUCUGCAUCCAGUUGCUGAUAAAAACGUUAAUAACCAUCUUUCAAAAUUAAAGAAAGAGGGAACAGUAAAGGAAGAUAAUGGGAAAUGGUUUAUGUCUAAGUUGUAA